UCAUAACAUUCCUUUUUCGUUUCGUUGUGUCUGUUGUCGUUCUGUCGACCAUCUAUUCGCGAAUGCGAUCGUGCUAAUCGCGAACGAAUGUAGAUAUUUUUUUACAAGUGCUCUCGUUCCACUUUUCGUUAAUUCUAUUAAUUUUUCUUAGUUCUGUGUUUUCUGUGCUGUGGUAAAUUUAGGUUCUUUUAAAGUGAAACAAAGGCAGUGGUUAUUGAAAGCGAUGGUUUUGUGAAUAUGAUGUGACGGUUAUUAAAUCCUUGAAAAAUAUGAGUGUUAGUGUUGAAGAGGUUUCGAGUCCUUUAUCCGAAGGGCAGAAUAGCGUUUUGGAAGCGAUCAAGUCGGAAAGUGAAAUAAACAAAAAUGACAGUGUUGAGGAAGAACAGAACCAAUCGGAACCAACUACACCCAAACCUCAUCCCAUGGCUUUCACAAUUGACUUUGGUGCCCCGAAACAGUUCGAUAACCGUAAACUUGAGGAGCUAGCGAAGAAGUCCCAGGCCCGUCACCAGCGGGUACAAUCGAUGUCUGCAAGUCAGUCGAGGCCCAGUCCUGUCACCCAGAGACCACCUAUGAGCGCAAAACUUCCUCGAAAGGCGCAAGGUUAUAAUUCUGAGGGAUAUUUUUCGUCGGAUCAAGAAGACAGUGGGCUGUCAGGCUCUUUGAAACUGAGAAGAAGCCCCCUCGCUCAGAGUGAUCGCUCGAAUAUAACUAGUCCGGUAACAAAUAGACAAGAGAAAUCGCCUGUCAAUGACCUUCUCCAAUCCAAACGUACGUCCAAAAGUCCUAUAGUCGACAGCAUAAUGUCGAGAAGUGAUAAUUUUACGUCCCGUCAUGCACUGAACUUACCUCUGAAGAGUUCAAACAGUUCCUAUAUAAGAGACGUUCAUAAAUCGCCGAGUUAUUGUAAUAUUAAUAAUAAACAUCCUAUGGAUAUUAUCGAUCAGAGCCCUGAAGGUGUUAUGCUGACAGAUAUUUCUAGCCCAGAGUUGGAUAUAUUAACUCCUGACAAUGGUUUGUCCACUCCAGAACAUUCUAAAAGUCCGUUGCGUAAAAGCAGAGCAUCGUCAGUGACACCGGAUUUAUUAUUUAAAAGGUGUCCACCAAAAUCAGAACCCCUGUACAUAGACGAUGAAGAUGAUGUUGAUGAAGAAUCUAAUCAUUCAUCGACUGGUACAUAUACUAUCGAAGGUGAUAACUAUACUGAGGAACAGAAAGCUAGAAUGAGCAUAGAUCGUACUUUCGGUACUAAUAUAUACAAUGAAGCUCUAGAAGUUGCUUUAAAUAAACCUAAAAAUAUUGAGAAUGAUCCUGAAAUAAUCUUCGACUUUCCCAAUCCUCAAAGAGUUAUCACUAAAGAACCACGGAGAGACAUCUGUCUUAGGGCACCAGUCUCGUCCAAUAAAGAUAAUGAGCUACAAAAAGUUUCGAAAGAUAAAAAUGUAUUAGAAAUAUCAUGUUGCUACGAAUCACCUAAUGAAAGUGACUUGGCUUUACAAACGACAAAGCAGAUAAAAUCAACACGGAGCUAUUUAGAAAAGAUAAAGAAUAGAGUCCGGACAAUAACUGAAAAAACAUUCUCAAAAUCACCUCCUAAACAUGAUGAAGAUGCUGAUGAGGGGAUGUUUACGUCAGUCACAACAUCAGGGGUUCUCAGCUCAAAGUAUCCAUUAAAAAUUGAAAUGCCGAGCUAUAGACGGUGCAGAUUGACCAAAUCCGAUAUAGAUCAGACGGAUUAUGUACAUAGACUGCCACGAGAAUCCUCAGUGCCUGUUUCAUUACCGAGUAACAAAGGUGUUCUUGAAGAUGCUAAAUUUGAAAGCACAGCUUUGAGGAAUGCCCAAAAAGUCUUAACAGAUAGUAAUUCAGAUAUAACGACUGACCAAGUAGUGGGUAAAUUAUCUUAUUUGAGCUUAAAUAGGUGUAAAGGUGAUAAAACCUGGAUUCAGGACUGGGCUGACAGUGUUAAGAAGUAUAAUAAUAAUACAUUUGGAAAAGAAUCUGAUUUGAAUACCACUAUUUCAAUUGAAGACCGUCCACCGAUCAGUCCUAGAUUGAUACCUGGUAAGGCCCGUAGUCCGCACGGCACGCCUACCAAGAUACCGAGUCCCGUCGGUACACUGCUACACCGCAGGACACCGGAUCUCAUACCUCCUCAAGACACGGAGUCUUACUUGCUCAAAACACAAAAUGCGAUCACUAACCUCCAAGCCAAGCUGCAGUCCACCCGAGCGAAUAACUCUCACAUUCCAAACCCAUUGACCACAAGUUUGAUCAGCGAUAAGACGCUAGUCUCAAGAUUGCCACUGUCACAACUAAGCAGGUCGAACUCACUAAACUACCGUCUACGAAGGAAAGACAAUUCCGGUGACAGCAGUCCCUUAAGAAGUCCAGGAAAUUACGUCAUAACGGGAUCAUCAAAAAUACCGGAAAGCACCAAAAUUCUCCUCAACACCGCUUCGAGAUCUCUCGACCAAGACACGCGUCAUGAUUCCAACAUGAAUAGUCCAAGUUCCGAUAAGGGUUUGUUAAGCAACAGUUCAGAUGACAAAACGUUGUCAAAUAGACCGCAAUACAACGUCGAUGCGAUCCUAUCACCACACAGGAAAACUCAUACGAGGCACAGGUCUUUCGAUGGUCGGAAUCCCGCGGAUUUAUUCGCAAAUGAUGUAAAUAAUGCGAAUAAAACUGUCUGUCUCAAGACGGUCUUGAAAAACAAUGCCUUAGAAGCAAAAACCUUUCGAAUCGACCAAACGCGUUGUCAAGGUGAUCUGAAGAAAAACCAUCAAAGAGUAUACAGCGAUGGCAGGCCAAAUAAAUCCUUAUACAGCCCCAAUACAGCUUUCGGAACAUCCAUUAGGCGUUCCAGUUCAUUCAGUACCGUCAACAGAAACAAUAAUCACAUUGAACCGCGAUUGGUAUCACGAAGGUCGAGCGGUCAGUCCGAAGAAUAUAAAGAUUAUUCUGACGAAUCGGACAACGGGUCGUUUGAAAAAUCGCAAGAUUUGAGAUUCAAGAGACAAGUUCAUAGAGGCAGGGUAGAGUAUCCGGAUUUAAAAUCCAUCGUACCAUCAAAUUCCCCGAGGUGUCCUAAUACGCCUGAGAUGCAGAGGAAAUUCGGACCGGGAUUGGUCAGGAAUUCAGUCAGAGUAACCAGUAAGGAGCGGGGAUUAAACACGAGGAUGUCGGAACCGCCAAUCUCGAGAGAGGAAAGGACUAAGCCAGCCAAUCACCAGAGUCGCAGGAUAUCGGAGCCAACGAGACAGGCAGUUUUAAAUAGACUCACUAAAUCCAGAUCAUCUACAAGGGAAGUUCAUUCUAAAAAUCAGGAUAAAGGACAAAAGAAACCAAGUCAAUAUCGUUCAUCAUCGGCCCUCGCUACAAAAGAAAUGGAGUUCUCCAAUUGGAAGAAGAGAUCGUCCUAUGAUCCAAUGAAAGCGGCGCAAGAGGGUAGAAAGAAACAGCAGAUGGCGAGACGGCAGGAGUGCAACAAGGACGACCUCAGUUCGCCCAGUCAUUCGUCACCCGUUCAUCGUUCACAAUCUUUCCACACAACGAACAUUGCUGACCUGACCCUGGAUUACUCCUCGGAGGAAACUGAAGAUGACCAGAUACUCUCAACACUACCAAUCGAUCCCAUGAUCACAUCAACCCAUUCAGAUAUUCUGGACCUGAGGAAAGAUCUGAGGAGGCAGGAGGUAGUGCUGGCGAGGGAUUAUGUCACCAAUUUCCAUGUAAAUCAACCUACAGAAAAACUAAAACGUCGUGACGAUAAACGGAAAUAUCAUGACGACACCAAAGAUACAGACUACAAGGAGGCCAUAGACAAGAGGAAAACUUUCAUUCUGGACAGCGACACGAACUCCACGACCAACGGCAGCAGUCCGCGGAACUCGUCCAUAUUCAGUCACGAGAAGAACUCUCUGCACACGAGCGACACGGAGGGCGAGAGCGGCCCCGAGAGCGCGCCCGUGCUGCGCCGCCAAAAGAAGGCGCCCGUGCAGCCCAAGCAGAGGUAUAGCGGUGACUAUUCAAUGUCAUCGUCAACGACCUCGAUAAGUCACAAGAAGCCAAAAGAAAUCCAGCCUAGAUACUUAGACAUAUCUAAAUAUAAGUCUGAAAAUUCGCCGAAGAACUUCCUGAGGAGAGAUCCGAGUAAGACUUAUGUGGGGGUGCUGAAUCAUUGUGAGAAGAAGGAAGUCAGCAAGGGUAGUGCUCAGCACUACGAAAUGGAACAAAAGAAACAGGAACUAGAGAAGUGGAAAAGACGAGCUUCUUACGACCCGCGCAAGGCGGCCGCGCUCGCUAAGAACAAGGCGCCGCCCAAGACCGCCAGGUACUGGAAUAUAGAAGAGCGUGACAGAUGUCAAAAUGCAUGCAAUUCUGGAUAAAGUGUCAAUGGCAGCCAUCUUGUUGAGUAACGUCCUGCGCUCGCAGUCGUUCCACGGGCCGGUGCUGUGCGCGGCGCGCGUCCCCCCGCGCGCCCCGCGCGCCCCGCCCGCCCUCGCAGAGACCGGCGACGCCUCGAGCGAUAACGACUUCUAGACGACCGACGAGCGCCACGUGCGUCACUCCGACCGGUGGAUGGAACCAAAUGUAUAAUCUGCAGUAACCGCUUUCAUAACUGACACUGACGGAUGUCAAUGUCAAACUUUGCCGCCAAAAAUUUGAUGGUUUUUGUCGUUGAUUUUGGGACGAUGCAAUUUUUCGGUUAUUUAUCGCACAAUACGAUAUCAUAUGAUUUUUUUUUAUUAUUAUAUUUCGUCUACGAAAGUACACUUUGUAAAAGUUAUUUAGUCGUAUUUAUAGGAAUUGUUAUAUCAUAUGCACUUAUGUAAUUAAUUAAUUAGAUAUUAUAUAUUAAGAUAUAUCCGUUAAGUCAAGUAGUCUUCGAAACGGACUGACUCUCAUUUUUUUAUUAUAUUAGUAAGUAUAUAAAAAAAUAUAAUAAAUUAGUUGCUCAUAUCAUUCAUACAUCGAUUUAUUUAAUUUUAAUAAACUAAGCUUUAGUUAGUAUGUAGUAGCGAAAUUGAAACAUCACACGAGGAAUCACUUUAAUAAUGUCCUUUUUUUAUUUAAACGUCAAUCGUAUUACUUGUACAAAUGUCAUCUCAAAAACAUACGGCCUUAUUAAAAAAACCUUGUUUAACGGUCGGUUUAUAUGGAGACUAGUUUAUCUCUGUCUGUUACAAUUGAUUUGAUAUGCGAAAGAAAAAGAUAGCAAAAUUUUACUAAUCACCCCCCUAAUCGAUAUUUACAAAUGAAGCCGUUAUUUUUCACUUCUAUUUCUAUUUUAUAGGAGUACCUUUAAAUUAGUAGCUUUUAAGUUGUGUUAAAAAUGAUGUUGUCAGAAUUUGUUAAAUAAAAAUGCUUCGUCGAAUUUAAUCAGCAGUAUUUACGUCAUUAUUUUUCUUAUAACACCGUACAAGUAAAAAGGAUUGAUAUUAUGAAAUUAUUUUAAAGUCACACUACGCUAAACAGCGGCUUUCAAAUAAACUUACACAAUUAAUCUUAAAAUCAUACAAAUGAUACGCCUAAUUAUUCUAAAAACUGUCCACUAAAAAUAGAUUUUUUCUAAAACCGUUCGUUAGCGUGGUUCGACGUAAGGCAUAAUAUAAUUUAAAAAAAAAAACUUAUCAUUGCUCUAUGAAUUUAUCUAUUGUUAAUGUUUUAUUAUGAAAUAAUUUUAUAAACAAAAUUAUACAUUUAUUCGUCGCUCGUAUAGAACUAUUAAUUUACGAAUUUCUAUUUUUGUAUUUUGCAAAUAUUAAAAAAAAAAACUAUAAUAUACAAAAGUAAUACUCAUCCUAUCAGAAUGCAAAUAUAAUUUAUGAAUAAUGUAAGUUAUGCUUUCAUUUAUGUUAAAUUCCAGAGAUUAAUAAAGUCCAGUAUUGUUUUUUCGUUUGUACAAAUUAUUUAAAUUAACGAAUAAUUUGUUCGUAUGUUACGCUUUAAGCUUUCUGAACUUGAGUGGAGUGAAGUGGUUGACAAAAAAAAAAUCUUUCUAAAGUCUUGAAUUCGUCCGAAAAUGAUCUCAAUUUUCAUAGUAAUUAUAGGUAUUAUAAUCUGUAUUUUCUCUGCUCUAUUAAAUAUAAUAAAAAUAGACCGCUUCACCCAUCUCUGUUAAAAUUACCUUUCUCUAAAGAGUUAUUACUUAAAUAUGAGUAUUUCCGUGAACAGUAGUAAGCCUGGCUUCUAAUUUUUGGAGUUAAAAUGUAUAAUAAAACGCUCGAAGCAAACCGUAGAGUUUAUAUUAUAAUAGUUGAUGUUUAGCAUUUCAUAAAAGUAUUGUUUUAUCAAGGAAAUAAAACGAAUUGUAAACAAAA